GAGAAGACUGACGAUCAUAUGGCUCCGCCUAGCAAGCAAAUUGAUAUUGCUCCAUCUAACCAUCCAAAUGAGAGUGUUCUCUUAUAGGACGGUGGUGUCUCUGCUGAAGGGGCAGGGCAACUUACUAUGCAAGGGCCGCAAAGACCACUAGAUAGGUCAAAAAGGUUGAAUGUGAUUCAGGUUACGGACCAACGUGAUGAUGAAGAUGGAGACUGCAACAAUGGUGAGCAAUUCCCACCAGGUCAUGAAUCACAAGCAUUGGUCGGUGAAGAGGGUCAAGUUCACAAUCAAGACAAAGUUCGUGUAUCCUCGAUCAUGUGAAAAAUGGAUACUCAAAUCAAUUGGAAGAGACUGGAGGAAAUUUAAGUCUAGUUUGAAAGAUGCUUUCUUCAAUCCCGCCAUUGAAAAAAAUCCAAACAUCAAGCGAAAGGCUUUGUAUAAGCUCUGUCCAGAAGAUGUGGACAACGAUCAAUGGCGUGGGCUUGUUAAAUAUUGGAAGUCCAAAAAAGGAAGGGCCCUUGCUGAGAAGAACAUAAUUAGUCGUUCCCUCGUGAAGGAUUCACAUAAUGCUGGCACGAAGUUAGGCUUGUUGGGGUGA